GCUCCUACACUUCAAAAAGAAGUUUAAAAGUGAGAUAGGAGGCAAUCGCCCUUCAUCUGCAAUUUUAGUCCUUAAUGCUAAAAUGUCCCUGGAGAUGUGACAAGAUGGUGCGAACUGCAUCCUAGAACUGAAGACAUGAAGAGUAAAGGUAGGGAGGAAUAACUGGAAAAAAUCCGGGUAAGCAGAUGACACCUACCCUAGGAGGUAGAGCUAGUCACCAAAGUGUAUGUUAUGGAGGGUGAAUCCCAUUUACUGCAGGACUUUGUUUAUUUUGGCUAAAGGGAAUGCUGAGGUUUGGGCGGUACCAGAGUUCCUCAGGUAGGAGACAUAAUAGCUCCCCCAAGUGGUGGUGCUUCACCCUUCCCUCUCAUACCGCACCCCUUUCCUCUAAAUAAACACGAACAUGGAAAGAACAUUACUUGAACAUUUGCGUUGAACAUUUGCAUUAUGUCCUCCCACAUGUCUUGAUCUGGCCGCCUUUUUGCAUUUUUUCCCCAAGUUCUAAGAAUAUUCUGCCUAAGAUAGUCUUUCAUUGUCUGUUCAAUCUAAUUCAAAAGUACACCACAGGCAAUAAGCUUACUUCUUCCCCUCUUUCUCCUGGACUCAUGUACCUGGACCACAUUUCCUAGUCAUCAGCCAUCCUGUUUAUAACUUUAAAAUUUACUCAAAUAAAGUAAAUUCAUAUUUACCUGAAGCAUACCUACAAGAAAUCUGUGGCUGAUUUGGGGUGAAGGCAGCACUUUUCAGGCCCUAAAAAAAAUGAGGGUUUUUUUUCCUCCUCCUGACUCAAUUCAGUAAUAUUCUUCUUCUUUCCUCUCCCAAAUUACGUCCACAGUUUUCCUGGCUCAGUAUCUUCUUAACCAUUUUUUGUCAUUCAUUGCAAUAGGCUCAUCAGGAAAGGGAAACGCACAUACAAUCUCCUGUUCUCAUUGAUGACAUGUUAAAGUUUUUUGUUUGUUUGUUUCCUCCCUAUAACCUUGCUUUCCAGCCCAAGACUCUACUGAAACUGGCCAGUAUGUCAUCAGUGACCUCCUCCUCACUCAAUCUAACUUCUGUUCUCAUUGGUCCUUCUCCUUGACUUUCCAAACUAUUUAAGAGCUAUACUUCUGCACUCAAAAGUUAAAUAAUUUAAAAUAAGGACCGCGAUCCUAACUGUAAAUACAGCAGUGUGUAAAAAGUCAAAGUUACCUAGAAUCUCACCCCCACCCCAACAUAAUGGUUCACCCACAAUAAUACCAGAUGUAUAUACUUUCAGACUUUUUGCAUAUAUAAAUAUUUAUAGGCUUAUUCACACACAUAUUUAACCAUAUGACAGCACACCAUAUUAUUGUUCUUAAAAUAGUUUUGUUAUUCUUAUUUAAUGUAUUCCACACCGCUGUCUAUGGCAAUACACGAGAGCAGCACUGUCCAACAGCACUUUCGCCAAGGAAGGGAAUGUUUGAUAUCUGUGAUAUCCAGCAGAGCAGACACUAGUCACACGUGGCUUUUAGCAGCAUAGAAUGUGGCUACUGUGACUGAUGAACUGAAUUUUUCCUUUUAUUUAACUUUAAUCAAUUUAAGCAGGCAUAGCUCUACAGUUCUGGCUCAUCCUUUCUCCAAAGAUGUUUAGAGUUGCACUGUUAGUCUUUCAUCGUCCUCUAAUUGGUAUCACAGCAGCCUCUUAAUGUAACUUGCUUUAAUUAGUGGCACACUCAAUUCUACGUUAAAUGUUUGCUUCCUUCUUUUCCAUGAUGUAUAUGUUUUCCACGUUUGCUUCCUUACUUUCCAGAACAUCCACAACAUUUUCUAGAUACUACCUAGAUUCCUAGGAGUCUAGAUUCACGAAGAAUUGGAUCCCUAAAGGAAGUUCCCAAGAUCUGCCAAAACCCUCCAGCCUGCUAAUGUUAUCUUGUUUUUUAAGGAAAAAGGUUCAAACCACCAUUUGAUCUAUGGUGGCAAUCCCAAGGUCCCUCAACAAAUUUCUAGGAAGUAUUGUGUGUGCUUGCAAGGGGGAAGAUAGGACAAGAGAGGCUCCUGGAUUUCUUCCAGUCAUUACCAGCAAAACGUUUUUCUUCCUCUCUCUGGGUUUCACCUCUUGCACGUGGGGCCCCUUUUCUGCACUGUGCCAUCUUUCAACUCUCUCCAUUUCCCAAAUACCACUACCUGGAGACGGUACAUAGGACAGCGUUAACUGAAAGGCUUGGGGCUCCUGAGGACCUUUUACAUCACAAUACAGUUUAGAAAACAGGUUUAUUUACACCUAUUUUUAAAAUUCUCUCUGCCAAAAAGAAAUCAGUUAUUUCUUUCAUUCCAGGCCCAGUCUUCUGUUGUAUGCCAGUCCUCCUCUCUUUUCCAACAACUCCCCACCUCCUCCUGGGCUUACUGGCCCCGAAACCCUCAAGUCCCUGCUAACACUUUUACAACAAAACAACUUUGCCAAUGGUUUGUCUCGCCUACACGGUCCAGGUGGAGCACCAAAUACCUCAUCUUCGCUCCUGCUAAUAAGUCUCUAAAGACCAGCUCUUCCAAGGUGAAUUCUCCUCCCUAGACGGUGUUACCAGAAGUUUUUCCUAAGGGGCACCAGUGAUUCUAAUUUGUUAAGUCUAACUCUCUCACUCCCAUUUUGUAAUCCCAGCUAGUCAUACAUUACCUAGAAGAAAAACAGGGGCAAAGCUGGGAUGGCAUAGACUCAGGGUCCCUGUGGCUUACACAUCAUUAAAAGAAUCAGCCUUCCAUCCAUGCUCUACCAAAACAACCUAUGCAGGAUGAGAGCUUGAUGUAUAUGGUGGGCUCACACAUUGGUCAUUCCUUUGAGGGAAGAUUAAGGAGACCGCAAAAACUGAAAAGGGGAGGGGGCUAGAAUAGGCACAGAACCAUGCCAGCUCCCUCCUAACCAUAGAAGGAAAUAGACUCGUUUGCGGGGAGGGGGUCCUCAAACCCCUCCCUCUAUCCCUGUCCUGGAGUCCCUGCUAUGAUGUUACGUUCUCCAUGUUGACUCCCUGCAUUGCUUUCAGACACUGAAACUGAGGAAUGCAGAGAAAAAACCUCACAGAAGUGACAGAGUUCAUUUUCCUGGGAUUCUCCAGAUUCCAUGAGCACCAGAUCACCCUCUUUGUGGUUUUUCUCAUCCUAUACACAUUAACCCUGGCUGGCAAUGCCAUCAUUGUGACCAUCAUCCACAUGGAUCGUCACCUCCACACACCCAUGUACUUCUUCCUGAGCAUGCUGGCUAGUUCAGAGACCAUGUACACACUGGUCAUCAUUCCGCGGAUGCUCACUGGACUUAUAGCCCAGAACCAGCCAAUCUCCUUAGCAGGUUGUACCACUCAAAUGUUCUUCUUUGUUACCUUAGCCAUCAACAACUGCUUUCUGCUCACAGUGAUGGGGUAUGACCGCUAUGUGGCCAUCUGCAACCCCCUCAGAUACAUGGUCAUCAUGAGCAAGAGGGUGUGUGUCCAGCUGAUGUGUGGGGCCUUUGGGAUUGGCCUGGCCAUGGCAGCUGUCCAGGUGACAUCCAUAUUUACUUUACCCUUUUGUCACAGGGUGGUUGGUCAUUUCUUCUGUGACAUUCUCCCUGUCAUGAAACUCUCCUGUAUUGAUACCACUAUCAAUGAGAUCAUCAACUUUGUUGUCAGUUUAUUUGUGAUCCUGGUUCCCAUGGGCCUGGUCUUCAUCUCCUAUGUUCUCAUCAUCUCCACCAUCCUCAAGAUCGCCUCGGCCGAAGGUCGGAAGAAGGCCUUUGCCACCUGCGCCUCCCACCUCACUGUGGUCAUUGUCCACUAUGGCUGUGCCUCCAUUGCCUACCUCAAGCCCAAGUCAGAGAAUUCUGUAGAACAAGACCUCCUUCUCUCAGUGACCUACACCAUUGUCACUCCCCUGCUGAACCCUGUUGUUUACAGUCUGAGGAACAAGGAGGUCAAGGAGGCCCUAUGCAGAGCUGUGAGCAAAAACAUUUCUUAAUCCACGGACCCUUUUUAUAAAGAGCAACGCGAAUCCUCAUUGCAUCCAGCCUCACAAGUCUGUCCUGUGCCAUCUAUUUGGCCACAGGAUGUGCACAUCUUGCUUCAGCACCCUUAUUAAAAAAAAAUUGCCUCCAUGUAUUUCAAACUUUCAUCCAGGCAUUUUCAACUGGGGGUUCAAAAGGUCAGGGAAGAUGAGCACGAUUUUUAAGAAAGCAUACCCAAAUUUCCAGGGUGGGGCAGGGGACUUUUUAAAAGCAUAUUAAAUGUGGUUAUUCUAUGUUUGAAUUUUUUUAAAAAUCUCUUAUUUCAUAAUACAAUCUACAGAAAAUAAGAAUGGACAAAACCUUCCCAGCAAGAUAAGAAUAGUCAAUAGUAAGGAAGAAAACCAUAUUGGAACUUUUGGGAAAGGUGAGAUGCAUGUUGUUUUUUAAAAAAAAAAAAUUGAAAGAAGUUGGAAAUCACUGGUUUAGUCCUUGAAAUUGUAGCCUUUAUUAUUUGAUUUAUGCUAGAGCCUUUGCUUCCAUCCAAAACGGUCUUCAGAGUGUUGACCAAGGCUGUAAACUGUGCACAACUCUCGCUUCUCUAAUCUGACUGUGCUGGUCUAAUGCCCUCUGGCUGCUGGUUCUCGUCAAUCUUACGAAGAAUAAUGAGUUGGGUCAAAAAGAGCCAUGCCCUGUUUGGAGUGAGAACCAUAAAGGCAUUCUUCAUUUGCAUACGCUACAGCACUUCCUGGAUAAUGCCGUAAAGAAAAAACAGAAUAAAACAAAUAGCACAAGCUAUCGGUGAUAGUUCAGAGAUUUAAUCACUCCACUCACCAAAAAAGGCUAGAAAGAAACCAUCCUUUCCCUCAGAGCAUCCCAGGAGUUUUUCUGGUUUCAUACAAACCUUCUAUACUGUUGCCUUGGGUGGUAGGAGGGAGGAUUAAAAACUCUUUGGUCCUGUGCAUCUUUCUACGAAAAUAGUCUGUGUUAAGAAUGCUUCUCUGCUCAUCCCUUAAUGGUAUGCACCUUCUUACUGAAGGGAGUGAUUUCCUUUUCUCUCCACUGAGAAGGGCUUGGUAACAUCCAAGGAGCUCAGCUAGAGUAAGAUCUAGCUUUCCAAACUUCUGAGAUUCUAGGUGGGAAGACCAUGCUUCUUUCAAGGUCUGGUCAUCUUUCUCAUUUCUAUUCUGUGUCUCCGAAAUGUCUGCAUCCUAGAAGCAAGGCUUCCUACAGAAGCUUUUGACAGGUCAAAAGCUGGGUCUGAGAAUCCUGAACAUGCCGUAGUUCUGCUCUGACCAUGCUCUCAGCAUCAGCCCACUAUGGAGCCACCCCCCCAAUGCCUAAGCAUGGCAUCCCCUGAGGAGUGGGGGCAUGCCUUCCCCCAGAAUGAGAAUGUCUCUCCCUGCAGUACAAAAGGAUCCCCUUCCCACUACCACCAAGACUACCUACAGGACCAGUUCUUAAUUGGUACCCAUCUUCCUCAAUUCCUUCUGGACUAACAACUACUCUUACAAUCCUUAAAUAUGUCCUUCUGUGUGUAGAAGGAAAGUUGUGGGAUGGGGGGGUCGUUCUGAGCAGGAAAGCAAGAUGAUGAGGGAAGCAGGUGGCAGGCAAAGCGGUUCUAACCCUCUCCAGCUGAAGAGGCUGCCUUCCCCUCCCAUGAGGCCAUUCUUGCAGGAGUCCAGAGAUCAAAGGCAAAAGGUUCCUCAAUCUAAAUGCCACCACAACAGACACACCAUAGGCCACGUGUGCAAUCAGAAGUUAAAUGUCACAGCUGGGCCCAAGAAGAGCUGCCAGAAAAGAUUAGUCAGAAACUUAUAAGGAAAAGCGUCUUCUCCAAAGCUGUUGCCUGCACUGGUCCAACUACAUGUGCAAUUUUUAAAAAUAAAUAUAUGUGCCUCUUUUUUUAGAUAAUAAGCCAUUGCACUACACAGUAGAAAGGAUAGAGGACCUGGAAUCUGAAGUCCCAAGUUUAAGUCCUGGCUCUGUACCCAUCAGCCACUUUUCAUUCUGUCUCAUUCACCAUCAAAAAAUAUUUUUAAUCCCCUUACCUAUUUAUUCUGUGCUGACCAGUAUCUAAUUAUAAAUACUACCUUAUAUUUCCUCAUCAUUUAUCUCAUUCCCACAUAGGCAAUUAGUUACUCUUUCUCAUUUUUGCCCCUAAAGUUCUUUUUUUUUUUUUUUUUUGGUCUUUUUAAGGCUGCACC